ACGUAAACAACGGAAUAUUUGACUUACAAAAAUUCACAAAUUAAAAGCAAUUUAGUCAUGUUUUGAAAAAGUCAAAUAAAUGUAGCAUAAGCGAUUAUUCUCUUUAUAUUCCAAAGAUGCCAGGAACAAAGGGUUUACGUGCUACCUCCCCAGUGCAUGUGCAUGUUGAUGAUGACAUCCCGGUUCACGUGCAUGUCAAACAACCAAAAAAGAAAAAAACUGGCACGACCGUGUGCAAGAAGUUUACACGCAGCACAUUGUCGUCCCGAGCCCGCAGUAAGAGCCCGGGGACAGGCAACUGGGUUCCUCCACCCGCUAAGGCUUCCAAGGGGUCCAAGGUCUCAUGGCAGUCUAAGAAUAAGAGAGGUCCCACACAUCGUCUCGAGAUACACACGCCACGGGACACGUUACGCAUGGAAGACCUGAGUACAGACGAGGAAGAUCGCGUCCACAAUGAAAUGCGCCAGUACGAAAACAAGAUAGAAAACCUUAUGUCUGAAGUUGGUACCCUUAAAAACGAGGUUGAGCUACAGAAGACACUUCGUGACCGGGAUCAGACAGAGGAGGAGUUAAACACAUCGCGACGGAUACUUGAGGAGCAGGAACGGGAAAUCUAUGAUUAUCGGGAAGACCUGAAGUACACUGAGCGGGAAAAUCGUAUCCUCAAAUCCUCCAUGGGCAUUUUCCAGGAUGAAGCGGAGGCUGUCAGACUUGAGGCUGACAUUUUAAGCAGGGAGAGGGAGAAACUUAUGAAGAAACUCAUCGAGGUUGAGAUGGAUGGUCAGUCCGCGGCAAAACAGGCCUCCUCACUCCGAGACCUCAUACGCAAGUUUAGACAGGACUCGCGUAUCUCCCAGGGGGACAGUGCAAAGCUCUCUAAGCAGAAGGACCUGCUUCUGGAAAAACUGGCCGACUUUGAGGCAACCAAUCGCACACUCCGUCGGUUUCUACGGGAACAACACAAACAGGAGGCUGCGGCGGUACGCCUGGGCGAGCAGCGCGAUAUGCUUAUAAAGAAACUGGCUGACACAGACAUAUCGAAUGAGCGUCUGAAAUCUGAGCUUAUCGACCGGGAUCGAAUGGUGGCGGAACUCCGGGUACAGAUCGAGUCAAACAGGGAGGAGAACUUGCAGCUAACGAAGCUACAGAGCUCGAUGGAGGCGACACGAGGCCACCUCCAGAAGGAACUGCGAACAAAGGAGGCCGACUGCAACAGAAUGGCCGUCCAGAUCCGGACUCUGGAGAGUGAUUGCGCCCAGCAGACGAUCGAGAUCGAUCACCUUCGCAACCUGGUUGCCACGGCAAAGGAGCGUGCAGAACGUGACAAAGAGGCACUCAAGAAAGCUACCAGAGUACAGAAGCAGAAGGCAGCUAUGAGCGAAGACCGUGCAGAGCAGCUAGCAGCUGAACUUCUUGAAAAAGAUGCAAAACUGGAGGAUGUGAGAACCUCACUAGAAGAAGUCUCCCUCAGACUUGAAAAAUCUGUAAAAGAGAGAUCACAGUCUGCAGCUGAAAACACUGCCCUGAAAACGCGUAUGGAGGAGCUGGAGUCCCUUCUGGAACGUGUGGACCAUAACUCCAAGGUUCAAAUAGAAGAGCUCACUUCCAAACUCCACAGCAGGGCAUCUGAAGCCUCCGGCCUUAGUCUAGAGAACGAAAGACUCAAGUCGGCCAUUACGACAAUAGAGACAAAGUUUGCUCAGGCUGAUGAAGAGCUCAUGCAGCUCCGCUCCAACCUCAAGCACUACGAGAACCUCGUGGAUGAGUAUAAGACUCAGAUGAACCGUUCCCGCCGCGAUGUCGAGGAUACUGAGAGCGAACUGCACGAGACGCGUAGAGACAAUGAACGACUUAAGCUGGAUAGCAAUUCUGAGUUAGAAAAGGUCUUGUACGCCCGCCUCAAGAAGAAACAGCCCAGCACGUAUACUCAGGUGAAGAGUCAACUCCAGGACAGACUGCAGGAGUUACAGCCCCUGCCUGAGAUGCUGAAAAACACAGAGCUCAAACUUCACGAGUCUGAAGAACAGCUCCGAUCCUCCGAGAGACGGAGCUCAGAAAAUGCCCAGAUGGUGGCUGAACUCAACUUAAAGGUGUCCGCAUUGACGGAGCAGAUGGAGAAAAUGCAGGAAAGACUGCGGGGAACGCAAACUGAGAAUCACUCCAUAGGCGAGCGCUACACCACUCUGGAGAGACGGCUUCAGGAGGCAGAGGAUCAGAAUCGUGAACUCUUGACAACCGUUGCCAGGCGUGAGGAAGCUCUGCAUCAGAACAAUCUGCGUCUGGAAGACCGUGAAAGGGAAAACGCGAGUCUAACUCGGCAACUGGAGAAUUCCCUUACAGAUAUCCGAAGGCAACAGGACACUAACCGAGACAAACAGGCUGCAAAGGAGCGGACAUUGCAGACGAGGAUAGUGGACCUAGAAUCCACGCUGAGUCAGACGCGUGCCGAGGUGGCCAGGAUUAAACGGGAAAAGGAGGAGACUGAGCGCAAGUUCAACUCCCGCCUAUACGACCUGAAGGAUCGACUUGAACAGUCACACAGCACGAAUCGUAGCAUGCAGAACUAUGUUCAAUUCUUGAAGAACUCGUACGCGAACGUAUUUGGGGACAGUUCUGUCAACAUGAUGCCAGCCACUCCAAUGCGACAAGGGUUUCCUUGACAUCGAACCUGCAUCUAGAUUUAUACUGUAAAGUGAUUGACUGAAUAUUUUGUUAUGUCCAGGUGAUAGUUGAACAUUAGGACAGGAGUAUUUCUCUCAUCAAUUUGAUAUAAUGAGCAAGAUUUUAACAUCUAAUUUACAACUUGUUUAUUUGUAGUUUGUUUUGAAAAUGGCUUGUUUAAAAAAUAAUUCAAAUUUUUGACAUACAUUAGGACAAAAACUCUAAUUAAAUUUGACACAUUUUUUUUUCUUUUUUAUACAAGAACUAAGGAAUUAGAGUUUGGACUUGGGGAUAUAAGUCAAAGGUGAAUUUCCACUUUUCUUUUACUAGGAUUUCUUUAAUAAGAACUUUUAACAGUAGAAGUAUCAAUAUAAUUUAUAUAAGGAUUGAAGUGUUUGUCUUGUUUGGAAGUGUCUAAGACCAACUGUGUGCCUUCUUGCUGUAUAUUUAGAAAUGUAAGAUGUCAGAGAUUUUACUUGAUACAUAUCAGGGUGAAGAUCUACAAGCGUACACAUACGCAAGAGGAAGAGGGUUACAUUGUACGUGUAUCUACAAUUGUACAAUUCUUUAGUUAUCUGAUAAUGUCUGGAUAUUAUUUUAAUUUCUUAUAGGGAAUUUUAUGCUUUUAGUGAUAUUGAUAAACAUUUAGUUAUUCAUAAUAACCCUUUGGUAAAGACAUUCUUUCACUGAAUUGUUUAAAAACAGUCAUAAUCAGAUUAUGUUCUGUAAACUUCACUUCUGUCUGACAGUUUCGAAUUUCGAUAUUUCGUGAAGGAAGUGCAUGAUAUUUUCCUGAAUCAUUGUAAAAAAGGUAUUAUUUUUCAGUAUAAACAGAAUUAGAAUGUGUAAUUAAGUUUUAAUAUUUUCCUCGGAUAUUUUUGGUGUAGUUUAAUAAGCGUACACUUAAGUUACUAGGGUUUUAACUAAAGAGUAAAAGGAGGGUGCUGCUUCCCGGCCCUUCGUUGGUACGACCCCUCUGCUCUCAUGGAGACUGGGAUGUGCACCUUUCCAAGUUACUACAACAUUAUAUUAAUCACUCUGGCACAAUAUUGCGCUAGAUUUUGGUCUGGUGUUUAAAAGCAUAUCAUGUUAUUAAAUAUUCUAACAAGCUGAUUAUAUCAAGUAAUAAUAUAACUCAAAGCUAGUAUACUUAAGUUUGUCACAGCUGAAAACAAGGUACCCUUUUCACCCUCAGCACCCAGUCCCUUUCCUGCAGCACCCAUCUGUUUUAAACCCUGGCUAAAACCCUAGCUACUAGCUCCAAUAAAAGAAUAAAUUAUAUUGAAAACUGUUCGUCCGAAGUUAUCAAAGCAUUUACUUAUAUCAGGUUGUGAUGCGUAUAUCCAUUUUGCGUUUUUAUAAUUCUAUGUAAGGUUGGAAGUAGAAAACUAGAAAGAACUUAUUUUAUUUAUCUGUGAUAUAUGUUUACAUGUUUUUAUUUUUACGUACAUGUAUCUUUUAUUUAUUUUUUGUCCAUUGCCUAAUCUGCCAUGACAAGUCAAUGGCAUGUACAUGUAUAUAGGAGCAUUUGCUAGAUUUUCUCACAUUUUUAAAUCAACACAAUUCCUAGAAUUUUGUAUUUUUUAGAAUUUGUUCACGACUUUGAAACAAAAUUUGCUUGAUUUUAUUAGGCACGGAUGUUUGCUUAUCAAGUUUUUAUAAUUUCAUAUUUAGUAGAACAUCAGUUUUAAGUAGAACAAUUUUAGAUGCUCAGAAAAUAAUGCCAUUGUAUUAUAUGCUGUCAGGUGGUUUAUUAGAAAAAUAAAACAAUUUUCACUAUUUCAAACAGUGAUAGUAUUAAUUUGAUAUUUUUCACUGUUUUGAGCCGUUUAUCUUAAUCUAACAUCAGCACGAACAGAGCUGGGAAACAAUAUCAAAGCUGCCAUUUUGUAAUUGUUGUUUCUUGUGCGAACAAUUUGGCGCGUUUUCUUAUAAAAUGCAAUCAAUGGUCAUUUAAAACCGCUGUUAGGCAUGUAAUCUAAGAAAAAUGGUUUGUUUCCGAUUAAGAUUGCAAUACAUUUCACUUUAUGAACACAAUAAGUAAAUAUUUCACUCAUGGCUAUGCUACUCAUGUAAUAUAACUUUUGGUGUUCACACAGUGAAAUAUAACAUGAUCUGAAACUGUUACAACCAAUCACCCUCUAUGUAUAUGUGCUUUUCCAAAAAAACUGCCAUUUUUUUUAUCUUAUUCUUCUUCUGUAAAAAAAAAUCUUAAUAAGUUUAAAAUAAUCUUUCAAGGUAUGUCUGUGAUUGUUAAAGUCACUGAGCCUAAAUGAUUCUUGGCAUUUUCUUUAUUUUAUUAAGAUCUGAAUUUGAACACAUUUAGAGAGCUUUUUUAUACAUGUUAUGUCAAUCAUGCUAUUUACACUAGUUCUGUUAUGUAAUGAUUACUGAUAGAUAUUCAAUUAAAAUAGAAAAUAAAUAUGUAUUUUUA